AUGUCUCACAUUCGUAAAGGUUCAUCCGCAUCAAGUCCCGGUUUACGUAACAUAAAUGUGACUUCAGGAAUUCCUUUGUCUGAUAUAUCUAACGUUGAUAUAUGCAGCAACACUGACAAACCUGAAGCUGUUCAAAGAACAAAAGCUAGAAGAAUAUAUUCCAACAGUAAAAGAUUCAAUACAACCUCAUCGCAGACUCAAUCCACACUAAAUUAUUCAACUCAUAAUAAUAAAGAAAAUUUAAGUUCAUCCACAUCUACCAUGUAUAACAGAUCAUUUUGUAGCCGUGGUAUAAACAUCAAUUUUUCUUCUGCUUUAUCAUAUUCGGAAAUUCAUAAUACGAAUCUUCCUUUUUCAACAUAUCCUUCACAUGAUAUUUCCAAUGUUUCUAUACGUAAUGUAGACAAGGAUGAGGCUGCAAAAAGAAGGAAGGCUAGACGUAUAUAUUUGAAUAGCAAAAGAUUGAAUAAAAAUUCAACACAGACUCAAUCGACAUUAACUUCUUAUACGACAAAUAAAGAGAAUAUUAGUCCGAACACUACUUUUACGUUGAAUAGAUCAUCUUUUAGCGUCCUCUCAAGUAUCAAUGUCUCUUCCGGUUCAUCUAAAUUCAAUUCAGGAAACAUUGCAUCUUCCAGUGGUAUUCCAAGAAACAUUACAAGCAACUCAGCAUCAGACAUGGUACCUUCUUCAUCAUCUACAAUUCCACCAAAUACUGUUAUAGCAUCAGACGAACCUUCACCAUUGAUAAGAAUGUCAUCAGGAAAGCGUAAAUUAGUAAGAAAACGACGAAACUUAACACAUAUACCUAUUAUUGAUUUGACAACAGAUGAUGAUAACGAGUUUGCUGAUAUCAUUGAUCAACAUUUAAAAGGUGUUUCAAAAGACUACUUGGAUCAUGGUGACCAGAUAAUCGUGUGUCGAACGUGUAGCGCAAAGCUAUGGAAAGCAGAGGCGGAUAGGGGAGAACAGAAGCGAAAUAAACCUAACUAUUUCCUUUGCUGUUCAUACAGUAAAGUUUUGUUACCUGAUUUUAAGCAGCCUCCUGAAAUUUUGAAAGAUCUAUAUGUUGGCGUCAGUGCGAAGAGCAAAUUCUUUUUAAAAAACAUUCGGCGUUAUAAUUCUAUGUUCUCAUUUACAUCUAUGGGAGGAAGGAUUGACAAAACUAUCAACCGUGGAAAUGCACCUUAUGUGUUUCGAUUAAGUGGUCAAAAUUAUCAUACUAUUGGGAGUCUAUUACCUGAAGAUGGAAAUGAGCCAAAAUUCAGCCAGUUGUAUAUAUACGACACAGAUAAUGAAAUAUUUAAUCGACAAAACGCUGUUGGGGGCUCAAACACUUCUUUUACAAUAACUGAGUCAGCUUUUGAUGUUCAGAUCAUUGAGGAACUUACACUUAUGUUAGACACUAACAACGCUUUGGUUAAAAUUUAUCGACAAGCUAGAAAUUUUUUAAAUGAAAACCCUUACAUCGACUUGAAGCUUUGUCUAAUUGGUAAAAGAUCCAAAGAUGGUAGGACAUAUAACCUUCCUGAAGCUUCUGAAGUUGUUGCAUUAGUUAUUGGAGAUCUGACUCAAGCUGUUGAGAAUCGUGAUAUAGUAGUGAAAAGAAGAUCUGGUCGGAUUGAGCGCAUAAGUGAAUUACAUCCUUCUUAUCUUUCUCUACAAUACCCUCUUCUAUUUCCAUACGGAGAAGAUAUGUACAGGGUUGACAUUCUUCAUAGAGGUCUCAAUCCAGACACGAACAGCAAACGUCCAAUGUGUACUAUGCGUGAGUUCUUUGCUUAUAGAUUACAAGAUCGUGUCGAUAAGUUUUCUUUGAUUCAUAAUGCAAAAAGACUUUUCCAACAAUUUGUUGUUGAUGCUUACACUAUGAUUGAGAGUGAAAGGUUGUUUUACAUACGGCGACAACAAACUCAUUUGAGGUCAGAAACUGUUCAGAAUAUUCAGAAUGCAAGUAAUGCUGGAAAAAAAGAUAUGUCAAAAAUUGGAACACGUAUCUUUAUUCCAUCUUCCUUUACUGGCGGUUCUCGAUAUAUGAUGCAAAAUUACUUAGAUGCAAUGUCUUUGUGCAAAUGGUUUGGGUAUAGGGAUGAGCAUAUGCCACCGAAUACCGAUCCCGUACCGAUCCCGAUCCCGAUCGAUUCCAUAACAAAAGAAUUGAAAGAAGCCAAGUUGCUCGGUAGAGUUAAUUCUGUUGUCUAUACUGUUGAGUUUCAAAAAUGCGGACUUCCUCAUGCACACAUAUGUGUAUUCAUGCAUCCUGACAGCAAGAUUCUAUCUGUUGACCAACUAGAUCCAAUCAUUUCUGCCGAAAUUCCAGACAUAGCCGAGGAUCCAGAGUUAUAUAAACUUGUGGCAGACUACAUGAUUCAUGGUCCGUGUGGUCCUCUCAAUAUGAAUUGUCCUUGCAUGAUCGAUCGUAAGUGUUCCAAGAAGUUUCCUAAGAAAUUUGUUAACGAAACAUGUUUGGAUAAAAAAGGAUUUCCAGUUUAUCGUAGAAGGGAUUCUGGCCUAUCUGUUGUUAAAUCACGUGUGAACGUAGACAAUAGAUAUGUUGUUCCAUAUAGUAAAGUGCUGUUAAAAAGAUACCAGGCGCAUAUUAACGUUGAAGGGUGCAAUCAAGUUGGUUCUAUCAAAUAUUUGUUCAAGUACAUUAACAAAGGCCCAGAUAGAACUACUCUUAGAGUUGUUGAAAGUGGUAAUCAGGAUGAGCAGGAACCUGUAGUCGAUGAGAUAGAAAAGUAUUACGAUUGCCGGUAUAUUUCUGCAUGCGAAUCUGUUUGGAGGAUCUUUUCCUAUGAUAUUCAUUAUCGAUAUCCCGCAGUUAUUCGAUUGCCGUUCCAUUUACCUGGUCAGCAAAACGUAGUAUAUGGCGCAGACGAUGACAUUGACGAGGUUCUUAACAAACCAUCUGUUGCUUCUACUAUGUUCUUAUCUUGGAUGAAGUGUAACGAAAAAUUACCUGAGGCACGUAAUCUUACUUAUGUUGAGUUUCCAUCAAAGUUUGUUUUUAAAUUAAGAACUCGCAGUUGGGAUAUAAGGAAACGACAUCCUUCAAUCGGUAGGAUUCAUUCGGUGUUUCCUUCAGCUGGUGAAGCGUACUACCUCAGAAUAUUAUUGAACAAAGUAAAGGGACCAAAAUCUUUUGAAGAUAUUCGUACUGUAAAUGGUACUUUGUAUCCAACUUUCAGGGACGCAUGCUAUGCGCUAGGGCUUUUGGAUGAUGAUAACGAGUACAUUGAAGCUAUCAAAGAAGCUAAUUUGUAUGGAAGUGCUACUUAUCUACGGACGUUAUUUGGAACAAUGCUGAUGUCUGGUAGUUUGUCUAGACCUGAUUUUGUAUGGGAGAAAACAUGGACGUAUUUAUCGGAUGACAUUUUAUAUAGACAAGAAAAACAUUUGAAUGUUGAUGAUUUAAAUUAUUCUGACGAAGAAAUAAAGAAUUUGGCGUUGUUAGAGAUUGAGAAGUUCUUACUUCGUAAUAAUUCAUCUCUGAGGAACUAUUCAAAUAUGCCUUAUCCUGAUGAUGAGUCUAUUUCUUCGUCUAACAAUCGAUUGAUCAACGAGGAGUUAUCUUAUUUCCAAUAUACCAUGGAAGAUGAGUUGAAUAAUAUGUUACUACUUUUAACAGAUGAGCAACAUAAUGUUUUUGAUCAGAUUAUGGAAUCUGUUAGAACAAACAAAGGUGGUGUCUUUUUUGUUUACGGAUAUGGUGGCACCGGUAAGACCUUUCUUUGGAAGACAUUGUCGGCAGCAAUUCGAAGUAAGUCUGAAAUUGUUUUAAAUGUUGCUUCAAGCGGUAUAGCUUCUUUGCUACUUUCUGGAGGUCGAACAGCCCAUUCUCGAUUUUCCAUCCCUCUGAAUCUAAAUGAGGAUUCUCUUUGCCGCAUGAAGCCUGGAUCUGAACUUGCUUGUCUUUUAAAAAAAACACAACUUAUUAUAUGGGAUGAGGCUCCAAUGAUUCAUAAACAUGCCUUUGAAGCAUUGGAUAGAACCUUAAAAGAUAUAUUGAUGCCUGAUUGUUCAAAUAGCGAAGCUUUACCAUUUGGAGGAAAGGUAAUUGUAUUUGGUGGUGACUUUAGACAGAUUCUUCCUGUUGUUCCUAAUGGCUCUAGACAAGAUAUCGUGAAUGCUUCCCUGAGUUCGUCAUAUAUAUGGAAUAAAUGCAAGUUACUAACGCUAACAAAAAACAUGAGGCUCACUGUUGGCAUGAAUCAUGGUGAUAUUGACAAGACAAAAGAGUUUGCUAAAUGGCUUUUGGAUAUUGGCGAGGGAAAACUUGGUGGUCGCAACGACGGAGAAGCUGUUAUUGAUAUACCUCAAGAACUGUUGAUUACUGAGUCCACUAACCCUAUUGGUAAUCUGAUCAACUUUGUGUAUCCUUCGAUACUUGAAUCGUUCAAUGAUCCAAAUUAUUUUCAGGAAAGAGCCAUACUUGCUCCUAAGAACGACGUUGUUCACGAGAUAAAUGAUACCUUAUUAGCAAUGUUUCCUGGUGAUCAUAAAGAGUAUCUAAGUUCAGAUUCCAUCUGCCAAUCUGAGAGUAAAAACGGUCUGUGCAAUGGUACAAGAUUACAAGUCGUAAAACUUGGUGAUCGGAUUAUUGAAGCAAAAGUGAUUUCUGGUAAUAAUAUUGGUACUAGAACUUUUAUACCAAGGAUCAAUCUUUCCCCCUCUGACAAACGAAUACCUUUCAAGCUUCAAAGAAGGCAAUUCCCGAUAGCUGUGUGUUUUGCAAUGACGAUAAAUAAAAGUCAGGGACAGUCGUUAUCUAAGGUUGGUUUGUUUCUAAAGCAGCCUGUUUUCACUCACGGACAACUAUAUGUUGCAGUUUCAAGAGUCAAAAGCAUGGAUGGUUUAAGGAUGUUAAUAUUAGAUGUUGAGGGGAACGUUACUAAUAAGACUACAAAUGUUGUAUACAAAGAGAUAUUCUCAAAUUUAUAG